UCGAACCCAUCCAUCAUGGACAUGAACCAUUCGGCGACCAAUUUAACGCUGGACGCACUUAAGAGCGUCGUCUCGCAAGCUCUUCUGGGCAAAUUCACAGCUGUUUUUCCAAAGCUUUUCAAGUGCCAAUGGAAGACAUAUGAAGGUCAGAAGAAGCUCUACGCGAACUUCUCCAAAGACACCGUCAGCAACAUGAGUGGCCGUAAAUUCUGCGUGGGUGGCAACUGGAAGAUGAACGGCGACCAGAAGUCGAUUGCCGAAAUCUGCAAAGUACUCUCCGAUGCCCAGCUCGAUCCCAACACCGAUGUGGUCAUUGGUUGCCCGGCCAUCUACUUGAUGUUCGCCCGCAAUCUGCUGCCCUGCAGCAUCGGCGUGGCCGGCCAGAAUGCCUACAAGGUGGCCAAGGGCGCCUUCACUGGUGAGAUUUCGCCCGCUAUGCUGAAGGAUGUCGGCGCCGAUUGGGUUAUCUUGGGUCACUCGGAGCGUCGCGCUAUCUUCAAGGAGUCGGACGAGCUGAUUGCCGAGAAGGCCGAGCACGCCCUGGCCGAGGGCCUGAAGGUGAUCGCCUGCAUUGGCGAGACCCUGGAAGAGCGUGAGGCCGGCAAGACCAACGAAGUGGUCGCCCGCCAGAUGUGCGCCUAUGCCAAGAAAAUCAGGGACUGGACCAACGUAGUCGUUGCCUACGAGCCCGUUUGGGCCAUUGGAACCGGCAAGACAGCUACGCCCGAUCAGGCCCAAGAGGUGCACGCCUUCCUGCGACAGUGGCUGACAGAGAACAUCUCGAAGGAGGUGUCCAACACUCUGCGCAUUCAGUACGGCGGCUCUGUGACGGCCGCCAAUGCCAAGGAGCUGGCCAAGAAGCCCGACAUCGAUGGUUUCCUCGUUGGCGGCGCCUCCCUCAAGCCAGAGUUCGUGGACAUCGUCAAUGCCCGCAAGUAAAUGCAUCUUACGCCGCAUUUGCAGCAGCUCGCCAACUGCCCGCACAAGAAAUCUGUUAACCAUAUAGGACAUACAUAUAUCGCAUUACGCAAAAUGUUGUUGAUCGCUUAGAGAAACGCAGUUAAGAUGGCGCUGGAUUGUAGUAAUCGGAUGUAAUUCAAAAUUCCUUGUUCUCAAAAGAUAUUCCUCAUAACUUAUUCACAUUUUGGCAUCCACAACACACUUCGA